CUUCCGGUGGGGACGGCCGACUUCCGGCGAGGACGGCAAUGGCGGACGAGGAGCUGGACGCGCUGAGGAAGCAGAGGUUGGCAGAGCUGCAGGCGAAGCAUGGGGACCCUUCUGGCGACCCGGCCCAACAGGAGGCAAAGCAUAGAGAAGCGGAAAUGAGAAACAAUAUUCUAGCUCAAGUUCUGGAUCAGUCAGCUCGAGCCAGAUUAAGUAAUUUAGCACUUGUCAAGCCUGAGAAGGCUAAAGCAGUGGAGAACUAUCUUAUACAAAUGGCAAGAUAUGGAAAACUAAGUGGGAAGGUAUCAGAGCAAGGGUUAAUAGAAAUUCUUGAAAAAGUAAGCCAGCAAACAGAAAAAAAAAUGACAGUAAAGUUCAACAGAAGAAAAGUAAUGGAUUCUGAUGACGAAGAUGAUUAUUGAAUUCUACUAUUUAAAGACUAUGCCAAAUUCCUUGGAAAAAUGUUAGGAAAUUAAAGCUACAGUACUUGCUGAGGCGAAGAUCUGCCUGAAGUUUACUGUUUUCCUUCUGUGUAUGCAUUUUGAGAGAGGUAAAUAAAAUGAUAUGUCAUGUAAAAAAAACUAUUUGGACAAAGUGCUUUUUUAUAGUAUUAGAGGGCCUAUUUUGAACUUUAUUUUGUGGGAAUCAUUGAGGAUUUUUUUCCCCUCUGUUUUUUCCACGAGGUUUUUCAGGUGUCUUGGGCAACAUCAAUGUCUUUUUAGCAAUUAUAAAUGCUUCCUUUGUGAUGCCCCUGGGAAGAAAUGUGGCCUUCCAGAAAGGUGCUCUUGCACCUCUAAGUAAGGAAUAAAAAUAGGAUGCCAGGAGCAGCAGCUAUUAUUUUUGUUGAAAUACUGCAGUGUCAAAUCUUGAAUAUAUGCUAUCCAACUUUAAAGCAUGUGUAACUCUUUAGAUCUUGUUUUGCAUAGCAAGUUUGCUUGCUGUGUGCCGUUCCUUGGUUCGUUUGCUACAGUUCCAUAGAAUCACAUUAAAAGAAUACACUCCUGUUUGAAAUAAUAUGAUUUGUGUAAGGAUUGUGAUGGUUGCUUAUCUGAAACUUAACGUGUCACGUUACCAUGUCAUCAUUUUUGCAUGUCCACAACAAGCUGCAUUAACUACUUUCAUUUGACGUCAUUAUUGUAUUUUGUAACAUUUUUAACGGUUACAAAAUGUGUUUGUAAGGGAAAUGCUGUUUCAUUAAUAAAAUACAUUUGUGAGCCAUGG